AUGACCCUGGACCCCCAUCAGGGGCGUGUGGGCCGUGGCAGGGUGUGUACGCUCUGGUCGGCCCUGUGCUGUCUUCACGCUGGCGGUCUGUGGGGCUCCGCGCGACGCUCCGAGCCGCAGGCCUGCCCUGCAGCACUCGUGAAGCCUCUGCGGGCCCGCAGGCUCGGGAGCCGGGCAGGUCUUCGCUACAGACGCCCGCGCUGGUGGCAGGAUGGCCUUGACGACGCUGGCGCGGGUGCGCAGUGGUUGAGGAGCGCGUGUGGGCGGCUGAGGAAGAAGGUCUCGGUGGAGGAGAUCGGCGCAUACCUUUCUGGGCUGGAGGCGGGCGUCGCGAAGCGGAUUGUCCGCGACACCAACGAGAACGGCAAGGCGCCCGUGCACAUGGCUGUCCAGCACCGCUGGAGUGCCGAGGUCCCUGCACUGAUCGACGUCCUUGUCCAGCACGGCGCGGAGGUGGACGUGACGACGCAGCGCGGCUUCACCCCUCUGCUCUACGCCGCCCUCCGCGGCCACAACGAGUCCGUGCGAGCCCUGCUGAGGCACGGCGCCAGCCCUAGGGUCGUCACCGUGAACGGCAUGACGCCCGCGCGGGUGGGCGAGGGCCGCCUGGACCCAGCGACCCUGGCGCUGCUGCAGCGGGCCGAGGACCGCGACGCGCGGGCGUGGCGCGACUUCCGCGAGGACCCAGAGGCCCGGGCCGCCCACGCCCGUCACCAGGCGCGCCUGGCUAGGGAGCAGCAGGCGGCGGAGGAGGCGGAGUGGUGGGACGGGCUGGCGGUUGAGGGGCGGGUCGCCAGCCUGGCUCUGGCGCUGCGGGAGGCCCUCGACGCCGGCGGCGGCGGCGCGUCGCUCGCGCUCGUCAGGGCCGCACAGCGGGAGCUGCAGCACGCCAGGGCUGGCACGCCGCCCGCCGCGGUGCUGAGCGCCGCCCUCGGGGAGGCCGUGCGGGGCCAGCCCGCUGCGCUGCGCAGCGCCCUGGUGGCGUGCCGCGAGGAGCGCCUGGGCGUGGCCCUGAGGGACCUCGGGAAGCAGGACCGCUCGCCGCUCCGGCUGGUCCUGGGGGCGCUCUUGCGGGAGCUGGCCGAAUACCCCGGCCAGCUGGACGCCAUCCCCGCCGCGGAGAUCGCCGAGCUGGCCGACCGAAGCAUGGCGCUGGAGGUGCUGCUGCUGAAGAGGAACCUGGGCCCAGCGGAUGCGGCCCCUGUGGAGGCGCUGUGGCGGGACGUCCUCCGCAGCGGCGCGGACACCGACUCGUUCACCCCAGAGGUCACCAGCGUCGUGGGCCUGCGUCUCCCCCGGCAGCAGGGCGGUGGCAUGGUGGCGGAGUGGGCCCGCCUGCUGCACUGGGCCUGCGCCAUGAGCGGUGCCACGGCCGCCUGGGAGCGCAUGGCGGGCGAGGUCGUCGACCGCGCCGCCUCCGCCGGGCGCGCUCGGCAGCUGCUGGAAGCCGUGACGUCCCCCUCGCCCGACCUGCCCGAGGCGGUGGCGGCGCGCCUCGAGCUGGCGGAGCCCGUGCGCGACGCCCUGCGGGCCGCCGCGGCGGGCGCCGCCGACGCGGUGGCCGCCUGGCAGGCCGCGGGGCAGCGCGCCGCGGGGCAGCGCACCGCGGCCUCCGCGCUGCCCGGGUACGACCCAGGAGUCUCCUGGGCGUGGGUGCAGCGGGACGAGCCCACGGUCCGAGCCGUGCACGAAGAGCUCGAGGCUGCCUUGCAGUCUGGCGCUGGCGGCCGCAGGGUGCCAGUCGGCGUGGACACGGAGUGGGGCAGGAAUUGUGGCCGUGACGGGCUCUCGCUGGUGCAGCUGGCCGUGGCGGGGCGUGCGUGGGUGUUGGACGCCGCGCAGCCGACCCCGGCGCUGCGUGCCCUCGUCAGGAGCCUCUUGGCCUCGGAUCGUGCGCUGCUGCUGGGCUUCGCGUUCGCCCAGGACAUGCGGCGCCUGCGCGCCCUCGCCCGCGGCAGCGGCGCCGAGCCGCCGCCGGACGCUCGCGUCGUGGACCUGCAGGCGGUGGCCGUGGCGCGCGCCCCGGAGCUGCGUGCGCGGCUGCCUGGGCUGAAGGCAACCGCCGAGUCUUGGUUGGGCCGCACCUUGGACAAGUCGCAGCAGUGCUCCAACUGGGACGCCCGCCCGCUCACCGCCAGCCAGCUGAAGUACGCGGUCGCGGACGCUGCGGUGCUGCUGGACAUCGCCGCCGCCAUGGGCAUUCUACGCUAA